GCUGGUGCACCUGUAGAGACUUCUCCAGAGGAGCAGACAGCCUCUUGUGAAGGUUCAAAUGCUGCUGUUAACAUGGAAAUUUCAGAAUCUGUUGUGGAAAAUGGAGAGACAGAAAUGUCCCCAGAAGAAUCAUGGGACCACAAAGAAGAAACAAGUGAAGCAGAGCUAGGAGGUGGUCCCGCAGGGGAUGCAGGGCCUUCUGAAGAAAGCGCUCAGGAAAUGAUGGAAGAGGAGGAGGAAAUACCAAAACCGAAAUCUGUUGUAGCACCGCCAGGUGCUCCUAAAAAAGAGCACGUAAAUGUAGUAUUCAUUGGGCACGUAGAUGCUGGCAAGUCAACUAUUGGAGGACAAAUAAUGUAUUUGACAGGAAUGGUUGACAAAAGAACACUUGAAAAAUAUGAAAGAGAAGCUAAAGAAAAAAACAGAGAAACAUGGUACCUUUCAUGGGCCUUAGACACAAACCAAGAAGAACGAGACAAAGGUAAAACAGUAGAAGUGGGUCGUGCCUAUUUUGAAACUGAGAAGAAACACUUCACUAUUCUAGAUGCUCCUGGACAUAAGAGCUUUGUUCCAAAUAUGAUUGGUGGAGCUUCUCAAGCUGAUCUUGCUGUGCUGGUUAUUUCCGCAAGAAAAGGAGAGUUUGAAACUGGAUUUGAGAAAGGUGGACAAACAAGAGAACAUGCCAUGUUAGCAAAAACAGCAGGUGUAAAACAUUUAAUAGUUCUUAUUAAUAAAAUGGAUGAUCCAACAGUAAACUGGAGUAAUGAAAGAUAUGAGGAAUGUAAAGAGAAACUGGUGCCAUUUUUGAAGAAAGUUGGCUUCAAUCCCAAAAAGGAUAUUCAUUUCAUGCCCUGCUCAGGACUGACUGGAGCAAACCUUAAAGAACAGUCAGAAUUCUGUCCUUGGUAUAUUGGAUUACCAUUUAUUCCAUACCUGGAUAAUUUGCCAAACUUCAACCGUUCAGUUGAUGGACCAAUCAGGCUGCCAAUUGUGGAUAAAUAUAAGGAUAUGGGCACUGUGGUCCUUGGGAAGCUGGAGUCGGGCUCUAUUUGUAAAGGACAACAGCUUGUGAUGAUGCCAAACAAGCACAAUGUGGAAGUUCUUGGAAUCCUUUCUGAUGAUGUAGAAACUGAUUCAGUAGCCCCAGGUGAAAAUCUAAAGAUCAGACUGAAGGGAAUUGAAGAGGAAGAGAUCCUUCCAGGAUUUAUUCUUUGUGAUCCCAACAACCUGUGUCACUCUGGACGCACGUUUGAUGCCCAGAUAGUGAUAAUUGAGCACAAAUCCAUUAUCUGCCCAGGUUAUAAUGCUGUGCUGCACAUUCACACCUGUAUUGAAGAAGUUGAGAUAACAGCCUUAAUCUGCUUGGUAGACAAAAAAACAGGAGAAAAAAGUAAGACACGGCCCCGUUUUGUGAAACAAGAUCAAGUAUGCAUUGCCCGUUUAAGGACAGCAGGAACUAUCUGCCUUGAGACAUUCAAAGAUUUCCCUCAGAUGGGUCGCUUUACCUUAAGAGAUGAGGGUAAGACCAUUGCAAUUGGAAAAGUUCUGAAACUGGUUCCAGAGAAGGACUAAGCAUUUUUCUCAAUGACCCCGCACAAUACUGUGAGGAAAAUCGACUCUGCAAAAGCCUACUUCACACCGCCUUCUUAUUUUCUGCCCAUUGAUAAACUUCUCCCCAUAUUUUGCAAAGACAAAUUUCACAGCAAAGGUCCACAUUAUGUCAGCUUUCUCAUAUUGAGAGCUCUGCUAUGCCACUGUUGAAUUUUCCCAAAAAGAAUUUUUUUUUCUCCCAAAUUCUGCUUCCUUGGAAAGAUUCGGCAAUAGCUUUGUAAGUGAUGUGGACAUAAUUGCCUAUAAUUAUGAAAAUCUAAAGGAUUUUUAAUGUUUAAUUUCCCCAGCAUAUAUAUUAAGACCUCUUUUUUUCCAGGCAGAUCAUUCAGAGUGUGCGAGUGUGUGUGCACAUGUUACAAAGAUGACUACCAUGUUAAUAAACUAUUCAAUUUGAAAUCUUUUUCGGUAUUUGAAUUGCUUUUGAAUAAUGUUUUUUAUCCGGAUGUAACGCAGUUGCAUUAGCUUUUUAACUUUCCAGUAACCUAGAUAUUUGGUUACUUCGACUUUUCUAAACUCCUCAGCCUCCCCACACACACAGUUUUAAAUGAGGCAAUUGGGCACUCAACCAAGUUUGUAUUAAAAUAAUUAGGUUUGCCCCUUCCCUUGUUGAAUGCAUUCUUAAAAUUAAAAAACAUUCAUGCAAAUGUGGCACCUUCAUUAGCUUUACAUUUGUUAAUAUCUUCAGCAAAUUUAGGUUGACUUAACAUCAUUACUAGACACAGUAAGUCAAUUUUGAAGGCUAGAACUACGUAUUGUGUCUUUAUAAAAAUUCAGCAUUAUUAAAUUCUUAACUGCAGAAAAUGCUAACAACCAGUAAAUCAGUGAAACUUCCAAAAAUAAGAGAAUUUGUGGCAAUAGUGCCUAUUAGUAUUUAUAAGAGCUGCAUUUUGUGGGAGAACUGGGCCAAUUAAAAAGUGCCAGUUAUGUAAGUUACUCAGUUCACCCUGUCUUUAAUUUAGAGGGCUGGAUAAUCCUUGCUGUUUUAAAGAUCAGUCUGAACUGAGGGGGAGAGACUAUUUAAAUCCCUAAGAGUUUGCACAUACUGAAAUGGGAGGGUCAGAAUCAAGCACAGUCUGUAAAUUUUUGCAUAUCAAAAAGCAAUGUAAGCCUAUGAGGACCAGUGAAGUCUUUCUUGAGAAAUUAAAGCAAAACUGGUUCAAAAUAAGCUUACUCAGUACAACUUGAAGGAGCUGCAUAAUAAACCCCUAUUUAGCUGCACUUUGAAAGUGGAGUGUCUACAAUUGCUAUCCUGAUUCUAACAAUUAGGAUGAAGGCUAACAGAUUUUUUUUUCAUUUCCCAGAGUAUUAGUAAUAAGUAUUAAAAGGUAUCUUCAGAGCUUCUUCAGAAUGUCUUAAACUAAACAUUUUCAGUUGUACAAUUGUGGCGAGCCCAUCUCCUCCCCCAAAAGUUUACAGUCUAGUGACUGUAUUUGAAUUCACAGAUAACUCAAAACUGAAACAGAUUUACCUUUUUGGGAUUUUUUUUUUUGGUUUUGUUUGUUUCUUUGUAACUGUGGAACUCCCAUUCAUUUCACUUACAGCUACAUUGUAUGGACAGAAGAAGUUAUUGUCCUUCAGUUUCAUAUGACUACACUUGUAGCUACCGUAAUGCAUGGAAUUUAAAUAAAUUUUAUUAUGUCUGCAAA